UAUUUUCUUUACUCCCUUCCUAUCUGCCUUGGUUCAUUGGAGCGUCCGCACACAGACAGACAGACAGACAAACAGCUCAUGACAGCAGGGCAAACUCUUCUGUUUUCCUUCGACACAGUGGAGCCGAGUAAAUGCUACAGUUUCGUGAAGCGCGCUGAAGUUUUCACGGAAAUGGUUCACCUGAAGUUUUCUGUCGGACAGUAAGAAUAAAAAAAGUUUGGAGCUGGAGAGAAAUGAAGCCCCUGAGAGACGCUUCAUAUGGAGAGUGAGUGAAUAAACCCUAACCGGAUCUUUAAAAGUUUUAAAAAGGACGCAGCUCCAUCGUGAGGAGGCAUGUCAAAUCGUGAUUCUCUGGGGGUCGGGGAGCUGCUUCCCCAAGAUGUGAUCCAAGUAUUUGCCCAGGAAAAACACAGCAGAAGAAGCCGAAAGAAGCGCACUCGCUCCUUCGGUCGAGCUUUCAGCUGGUUCAAGAGAAAGAAGAGGAAGAACAACUUCAGUAAUGGGCAGAGCCACGGUAUGGGCCCCCCUCUGGACCUGGACCUUGAUAAACACCGUUCCGGUCGUCACGGUGGACACAAGGGAGGACAGAAGUCAGGGAAGCAGACCCAUCAACAUGGAAACAGUCAUGCUGUCCCAAAGCUAAAUGAUGAUGACAAGACUCCAGCUCCCCCACAGUUCCAGGAGAAUGUCUUUAUCGAGAGCAGCAGGUCCAAGUACGUGGAGGACCUCCACACCGAGGCCCUCGAGGGGCUGAAAAUGAUGCAGGAAGAAGAAAACAGUAAUGGAGUGGAGUAUCAAGAUAAUGAAAGCACAGUUUCGACUGUGACGGUCCAAACAGACGGGGAAAGUGCGGGGUUCGUGACAGACAGCACCAUUCCUGACACAUCCUCGGUUAUCUCGAGACAAUCAUCGGUGUCCGCAAGAUCGUCCCGCUCUGGACUCACCAGGCAAGCAUCGACAUUCAGACCACUGAACUCUGGUAAAAAGUCAGAAAAAAGCAAAACACGAAAACGUCACCGGAGGACUGUUGCAGGGAUUCCACGACAUGUUCAGAAAGAACUUGGCUUGGAUAGAGUGGGAUGGACAGUAACUCAGCGGCUGGAUGAAGAACAACUUUUCAACGGAGAUACAGAUAACAGCCCUUUGACUGGGCCAGAAUCACCAGAAAUACUUGGCUCUAGCCCUCAAGCCUCAAACAUCAUCCAUCCACUUAGCAAAGAGAAGGUGGCGCAGCUGAAUGCUGCCCAUGCUGCCCAUGCAGAUGACCUGGCCCUGCUGCACCGUUUCCCUCCUCUUUCUGAAGCUGUGCGGAGACCUCGGUCCGUGGCUGUGCCGUGGAUGACUACUGCGUCCAGUCUCCAACAAAAGCCCCCUAGCCCAGUCAUGACUAUGUCACCCCAGGCUGCAUACAUGUCUAAAAUAAUUCCCAACGCUGUUCUGCCACCCUCUAUUGACGUAGUGGAAAUCAGCCGCAGUCGAAGUCGCAACAGUGUCCGCACGGUCAGCAAGAGCAGCCUGAUGGUGUCCAGCCCAGCUCCCUCCCGUGCUUCGUCUAGAGCUUCUUCAUCCAGAACCACUUCCUCCAAUAUCACCUCUGUCUCCCGCUAUAAUGGUCCUACUCUGUCUGACACUUCCUGUUGCAGCAGCUCAGAUUCUUCAAACACCUUGGUGUCUGAUUCUUCAACCAUCUCCAGCAGCAGCAUGCAAAAAAUGCCCUACAAUGUUGAUACGUCUGCUAAACAUUAUAAGGUCAAUAGCAAUUCUUCUAAUGGCACCUUCAACACUAAGGUCCUAAUUAAGGGACAGCAGAAAGAUGGGCAAUUUGUGCGUAGCCUCUCUGUCAUUAAGUCCAAACGAGCUCCUCCUCCUCCAAGUCGCUCCUAUUCCCUUCACAGCAAAGUGAAACGGCGAUCACAGGAUCUGGUAGAGCUUCCAAUAGAACCAUCAGUCCCUAGCAAGGAAAAGGAAAACCAUAAACCUGGAUCAUCUCCAUUGCCCUCAUGUGUAGACAGCCCUGGUUAUCAUGGAGACACCAGCUCUCUAGAUGACUCUACAGGUUCCACAUUAUUCGCUUUAAAGAAACCUCAGCUACCAGCAUCAAAGACGGAGGAUUUGAAAAAGGCUGCAGCAACAGAUUUCAAGGACCCUUCAGAAGAAAAGCAGGAAAAGUUUCAAGAGAACAAGCACACUAGAUUAUUGUCUCCAUCCAGUGGUUACUCCAGCCAAGAUGGAACAUCCCCUCAACAGCCUCCCAGCACAUCUCCAAAGCACAAAAAGGGGUUCCUUACAAAGCUUCAAAAGUUAUUCUCUGGGCCAAACUCUUCUAGUUUGGCUCCAGCUGUCUCAACCCAGACAGGGAUUACUGAACCUAAACAUGACACAGUGAGUGUCAGCCCCUCAGUUCGGACCCUGAGAGAACUCUUCAACAUCCCUCCCCCACCCAAAGUCCAUGCCCCACCACCGCCUCCCCCUGAGGUAUGGGCUCACAGUAAACGUUCAUUUGAGUUACUCCUGGGGCCUCCUGCUCCUGACAACCCUAUUGCCAUCAUAAAGAAGAAUCCAAAGGACAGGAGACAACAGAGACAGUCUCCCUCCGUGUCUAGAGAAGGAUCUGUAAAGAGCGUUGCAGUAGAAAGAAAACACAAGUACACGGCAGAGCCUAUGAAUGAAUCGCAAGAGGCAAAGAAAGUUCAAGAAAGUGGGAUUUUAAAUGCAGAAAUUCACAAAGAGAAGACUGAAAGAUUGUCUCAGAAUGGAGAUUUGAAAGGUAGCGUUAAGGAAGAGAAAGAGAGAGUAUGUGACAUUUUAAAUGGGAUGUUAGUGAAGGAUAUAGAAACAUGUGAAAGGAAAGGUCAGAAAACGUCCAGCCAAGCUGCAGGGAAUAUUUCUUCAUCGGUGAGUGGUCCUCUACAACUCGCCGCCAUACAGACCACUGAGGCUUCCAGAUCUCUACAAGUUGUUUCGCCUGAAUCAUCCUGGCCUCCCCCUCCUCCACCAAUGGCUCAAGCUGGCGUCAACGGAGCAGAUGGGCUAGAUUUUCCACUUCCACCACCCCCAUUCUUCAGUGAGGAGGGAGUGAUUUCACCUGUUCAGGUGCCACCAAAUAGGAACAAUUAUGGUUGCAAAUCAUCACCUGGAGCUGUGCUUACUAGACAAGAUGUGAAAGGAGAUCAUGUUGAGGUGCCUCCUUCAUCAGGUAUCCCUCCUCCCCCACCCUAUACUGCUCCCCUUCCACCAACCAUUGAGACUGAAAAGGGCUCUGUCCCACCAAAAGAGUCUUCAGCAUCUACUUCACCUGUUAAAGAAGUUCAUCUUCCAACAGCUGUAGAGGUUUCUAAAGACUUUACUCUUCAACAUACCCAGGAAACAUCUUACUCCACUGAACAGGCAGGUCCUCUGAGAAAGUAUGUUGCACCUCAGAGUAUUCCACCCCUACCAACACAGCUCCAGUCGUCAGAGCAGAAGAUAGAUUCUCCAGACAAGAGCGCCCCACCAAAACCUGAAACUAAAGAUUUACCAAACAGUAUUUUAAUCCCUCAUCAGAGUAUUCCUCCCCCUCCUCCUAUAGAGCCUCUGCUCAAGUUUUCAACUGAUAAUUCAGGAACUGACGAGGCACCAAUUUUACCACCAUCUGAGUUCAGAAAUGCUUCUUCACUAAAAGAGGCAGAAGAAAUUGCUUCUACUCAACCUAUUAACAUUCCGUUGCCUCCACCUUUGCCAGCACAGAUUCCUGCGAACAGAAACCAUAAAUAUGGCCCUCUAAGUAUAGAAAACCAACACCAAACGACAGCUUGUGCAUCUGAUGUACACAGAGAACAGUCGAAUGUUAUCACCCCUUCCCUAUUGAAAAUGGUCAAGCUUCGGUCUGUUGAAAACAGUCUGGAACCCCUUGAAACUCGAGAGCAGGCCUCUUCUAAAGGUGUCUUUAAGCACCCCUCUUCUACUAUAACAUCAUCACUUAUGCAAAUGGUCAAACUUCGGUCUGUGAACAACAGCCCUGAACCCACUGAAACUUCCACAGGCAUGGAAGAGGAACCAACACCGUCUUUUCUCCAAAAGGUAAAGCUUCGGUCCAUCAACAACAGCCCCGAACCAGCUGAAGUUACCAAGGAGUCAGGCGAGGCAUCAGUGUCCAGUACCACCCCAUCCUCUCAGCAGAUGGUCAAGCUUCAGUCUAUUAACAGCAGCCCUGGACCCCCUGAAGUUGCCAAAGAUGAAAGUGAGGCAUCGGCGUCUGAUGCCACCUCAUCCUCUCUGCAGACAGUCAUGCUUCGGACUGUUAACAACAGCCCUGAACCCGCUGAAGAGAUCAAGGAUGCAACCAAGGAGUCUGUAAAGAACAGUCCUGAACCCCUUGAAGUGAAAGAGCAACCAAAGCCUGAGACCCCAGUGAACCAACAGCUCCCUGACAAAGAGCUCCCAACUUCAUCUUCCAGUAAUGAGGCUCCUCAGAAGCCCAUCAGAAAAUCUCUGAUCAUGACACAUCCCACUUCCACAUCUCCACCUGCCACCAUCACCUCACCACCAACUCUGUCUCAGUCUGUUGAAGUUUCAACUGCAACUUCACCAACAGUUGUCUCUCCAAUGAAAAAGUCUCCUCCUGCCACAACCUCUUCUGGCUCCAUGAACCUGCAAGAGGCCAUUCGCCUCAGGACAGCUGCCAGAUCGAAACAGGGUCCUUCUUCUCGGCUCUCACCUUUGUCCCCUGCAGACUAUCUUAAAUCGCCGUCAAGCACUGCAAGCUUCAUCUUCUCCAAAAGCAACAAGAAGGCAGUGAUUGAGACGAAGCAAAAGCAAGAAGAGAAGGAAAAUGUGCAAAACAACGUGGAAGAUUCCACUAAGGUGACGAGUGAAGGAGAGUCGAAGAUAGUAGGGAGAGUGCCACCACCUGUAGCAAAAAAACCGAAAGCAAAGGGUAAAGAGGCUGAGGUCAGUGAUGCUGUGGAGCAAACUGCAGGACAGGAAACACAGCUAGAUGCUCUCAAAGAUACCACAGAGGAAAUAAACGGGACAGCAGGUACUGUUCAGAGCGGGACAUCAUCAGCAUGAAUGCAAAGCCUGAAGGAGACCUUGGAAGGACUAAAUAACACUGACUUCUUUUUGAUGCAACUGUUUGGAUUUGAAUUGAUAUGGUUCUUAUUUUCAGAAUUUAUGCAUUAGAAAGUUGUUUGAGUUUCAUGUUAAUGGUGUGGGUCUUAAUUUUUAUUAAUUCAUUUUGCAUUUUAGAGAAAGCAAGUAAUGUAUAUUUUUCUUGCCAGAGGGACUUUUGUUCAUGGUACUUAAGACGUGGAGGGAAUAUGCUGCCCUCUAGUGUCAACAAGUGAUUGCACCACUUAAAAUAUGUCCUGCUGAAUCAAAGCUUCAGUCUUUGCUUGUAUCAAUGGGAUCUUUGGGAACUGAUUUGUGUUUAUAUAACAUUUGUCUAUUUAACAUAUCUAAUAAUUACAGAUGUGUUCCACAGAGUUCUGUAUAUUUUCCAAAAGAGUUUCCACACCAAUUAUCUUUAAAAAAAAAUAUAUAUAUAUUAAGUUAUUUCUGUCUUUUCAUUGGACUUUCCUAGAGAGGAUUUCACUCAAUGCAAAGUACAUGGUUUAAAUUUGCAGUCGUUUGUCAAAUCAAAAACUCUUUAUGAAGCCCAUUUCAUGCUGCUUUCGUUACUGACGGUGGGAAGCGAUGCUUUCCACUCAGUUCCAACUUAUUUUUUUUCAAACUGGUUUUGGAGGCUGAAAUGGAGGAUAUGAUCAUUUAUUAUGAAAAUUAAACACUUAAACACUGAAA